AUGAAUGCAGCAAAUAAACCCAAACCCACACUGACAGCAGACAAAACCAUCAUACCAGUAGGAGGCAGAGUGAUACUGACCUGCUCUGUGGACGAUUCUGCUGACUGGAAAUACGACUGGUUCAGACAAACCUCUGAGUCUUCUGCACCUCAACUCAUAAGAAAUGUUAACCUGAACAGAGUCAUAAGUGUUUAUCAAGGAGGCAUCUACUACUGCAGAGGAGGAAGAGGAGACUCAGUCUUUUACACAGAGAACAGCAACAAAGUUACUAUUCAAGAAACUGUUUCCAACAAGGCUGUUGUGACUCUGCAACCCAACUGGCCUCUGAUAUACAGUGGUGAGACAAUCACUGUCAGAUGUGAGAUAGAGGGAGGUGGAAACACUCAAUGGGAAUAUGAAUGGAGAGAAAACAACAGGGUCUCAUCUCAGAAAGACAAAGAAUAUAGAAUCAGUGCUUCUUCAUCCAGUAAUGUAAACUUCAUGUGUAAGGGUAGAAGAGAUGUUUAUUUCUCAACAGAGUGGAGUGAAGCCGUCACACUGAGACGAUCAUUGAAUAAAGCCAAGUCGACACUGACAGCAGACGAAACCAUCAUACCAGUAGGAGGCAGUGUGACACUGACCUGCUCUGUGGAUUCCUCUGCUGAUUGGAAAUACUACUGGUUUAGACGUGACUCAGGUUCUUCUGCUCUUCAGUCCAUAACAAAUGUUAAACCAGUUAACAAGGUCUCAGAAGGAGGCAUCUAUCAGUGCAGAGCAGGAAGAGGAGACCCAGAGAUCUUCACAGAGGACAGCAGAGCAGUCACUGUUUGGAAAACUGUCUCAAAUAAGGCUGUUCUCAGUCUGCAACCCAACUGGACUGAGAUAUACAGAGGUGAGACAGUCACCAUCAGAUGUGAGAUCCAGGGAGGUGGAGACACUAAGUGGACGUAUCAAUGGAGACCAGACCACUUAAACACAUCUCCAAGACUCAAUGAACACAAGAUUAGCAGCACCGAUUACGACAGUGGAGGAUACAGUUGUAGCGGACUGAAGGACUCAUAUUCCUUUACAGAGUGGAGUAAUGUCUUUGAAGUGUCAUCAAAUAAACCAAAGGCCAAACUGAGAGCUGACAACAGAGAUGUUCCAGUAGGGGGCAGUGUGACCCUGACCUGCUCUGUGGACUCAUCAUCAUCUGGUUGGAAAUACUACUGGUACAGAGGAGAGAAAACCUCUGAACCCCUGACCACACAAGAUGCUGUUUUACAAUCAAAUAGACAAAUCAGUGUCUCACAGGGAGGAUCCUACUGGUGCAGAGGAGGGAGAGGAGACCCAGUGUAUUACACUCAAUACAGCAAACCUGGGUUUGUUUGGUCUGGAGAUGUUCAUUCAGCAGUGACUCUCAAAGUGAGUCCUGACAGAGUGCAGCACUUCACCUCUGACUCUGUCUCACUGAGCUGUGAAGGAAACUUUACUAAGUGGAGAGUGAGGAGCUUUCCUGAGGACUACUCAGACUGUUAUUACUGGAGGUCCAUGACUGGAUCCACAUGCAACAUCUACAGUGAUCAGCAGAGUGAUGCAGUGUACUGGUGUGAGUCUGGAUCAGGAGAGUUCAGCAAUGCAGUCAACAUCACUAUACAGAAAGCAGAUAUUAUCCUGGUGAGCCCUGUGCAUCCUGUGACUGAGGGACAGUCUGUUACUCUUGGCUGCAAACUGAAGAGAGGACAAUUACUUUCCAACGUGUUUUUCUAUCAAAAUGACAAACUUAUCCAAAAUGAUACUAGAAGAGAGCUGAAUAUCUCUGCAGUGUCAAAGUCAGACGAAGGUUUCUACAAGUGUGAAUACUCAGGAGAAGAAUCAGCACAGAGUUGGAUAACAGUUCAGGCAGUGUCCAGGCCUGAAAACUCUUCAUCUCUUAUACGAUUAAUUGUUGGGCUGGUUUGUGGAGUUGUAUUUAUUAUUCUCCUGAUCCUGUUGUAUCUCUACAGACGAUCCAAAGAUUCUCACUCUGUCAGGUUGGUACAAACCUCUCCUCUCUUUUAUUAUGAUCAUAACAGCAGUACCUUCUAUGUAACUUAUUAAAUUCAUUGUUUCUGCUAAAUGUUUUAGGCCAAUCCAGUCUG